GGGAUCCAUUAUUUACAAAUUUGGGAGUGAACAAAGAACAGUUUAAAUAAGUUUUUUUUUUUUUUUUUUUUUUUUUUUUUUUUUUUUGUGUGUGAGGAAGAUGUUCCAUUUCUAUUUCAACUUUAUAACCUAAACGAGUCAUUUGUCCUAGUUUUGACACAACAUUCUGUCUCUUCCAACCAUGACAAAUGUAUCAUAAUCAUCUUAGAACUAGUAAGCGGAACCAUCAUUCCUUAGCCUUCCUCGCAACUUUCCCUCAACCCAAACACCAAAAUUACUGUUUUUCCACUCUCACAUUUCUCGACCCAGAUGCCAACUCAAACUUACAAACCCUUCCUCCCACUUCUUCUUCAUCCUCACCACAAAAAACCCACUUGGUUCCCGCCAGUAACAUGACAAUUUCACCACCAACUCUGCGCAGAACAACCCAUGUAUCAAACAAAUGCACAACAUCUGAUCAAUGCAUGUUCAGUGAUGUCUUUUCAUCGAACAGGACGAUCACCAAUUAUAUUCGAUCAGGUGAUUUGGAAUCAGCCCUCGGCGUGUUCGAAAACAUGACUGUAAGGACUACAAUUUCAUGGAAUUCAAUCUUGGCCGGGUAUUCAAAAAAGCCCGGGAAGGUUAAAGAAGCCCGCCAACUGUUUGAUAGAAUUCCUGAACCAGACACUGUUUCAUACAACACAAUGUUAGCUUGUUAUACACAUAAUGCUGAUAUUGGAGCCGCUUGGACUUUAUUUGAUUCGAUGCCGGUUAAGGACACAGCGUCUUGGAAUACCAUGAUUUCGGGGCUUUCUCAGAAUGGGAUGAUGGGCAAAGCCCGAGAGUUGUUUUCAGUCAUGCCGGAGAGAAAUAGUGUCUCGUGGAAUGCAAUGAUAUCGGGGUAUGUGGAAUCGGGAGAUUUGGAUUCAGCAGUCGAGUUGUUUCAAGUUGCUCCGGUUAAGAGUGUAAUUGCUUGUACUGCAUUGAUAACUGGGUAUAUGAAAUUCGGGAAGGUUGAAUUGGCGGAGAAAAUGUUUAAAGAGAUGCCCGCAAAGAAUUUGGUCACAUGGAAUGCUAUGAUUGCAGGUUAUGUUGAAAAUUGUCGAGCAGAGGAUGGUUUGAAGCUUUUCAGGACAAUGUUGGAGUCAGAGGUCAAGCCAAAUCCAUCAAGCUUGAGUAGCCUCCUACUGGGUUGUAGCAAUUUAUCUGCAUUGAAGUUGGGUAAGCAAGUUCAUCAGCUCGUUUACAAAUCUCCAUUAAUUUAUGAUACAACAGUUGGGACUUCGUUGAUUAGCAUGUAUUGUAAGUGUGGAGAUUUGGAGGAUGCACUAAAAUUGUUUCGUGAGAUGCCACGUAGAGAUGUUGUUACAUGGAACUCUAUGAUUUCAGGAUAUGCUCAACAUGGUGCUGGUGAAAAAGCUCUUAGCUUGUUUGAUGAGAUGAGAAAUAAGGGAGUCAAGCCAGAUUGGAUUACCUUUGUUGGAGUUUUAUCAGCUUGUAACCAUGCAGGGUUGGUAAAUCUUGGUGUUCAGUAUUUUGAUUCAAUGACAAAGGAUUAUGGAGUUGAAGCCAGGCCGGAGCACUAUACGUGUAUGGUUGAUCUUCUUGGUCGAGCAGGCAAGCUAGGCGAAGCCAUAUAUUUGAUAAACAAAAUGCCUUUCAAGCCGCAUUCUGCUAUAUAUGGAACCCUUUUGGGUGCUUGUAGGGUUCACAAGAACAUGGAGCUGGCUGAGUUUGCUGCCAAGAAAUUGCUUAGUCUCGAUCCUACAAGUGCAGCUGCUUAUGUUCAGCUUGCUAACGUUUAUGCUGCAAUGAACAGAUGGGACCAUGUUGCUAGGGUUCGACGAUCUAUGAAGAACAAUGAAGUUGUGAAAACACCGGGCUAUAGUUGGAUUGAGAUAAUGAGUGAAGUUCAUGAAUUUAGAUCAUGUGAUAGGGUUCACCCAGAGCUGGCAUCGAUACAUGAAAAAUUGAAAAAGUUGGAGAUGAAGAUGAAGUUGGCAGGCUAUGUGCCAGACCUUGAUUUUGCAUUGCAUGACGUGGGGGAAGAGCAAAAAGAACAACUCCUAUUAUGGCACAGUGAGAAACUUGCAAUUGCUUUUGGGCUGAUCAGAAUCCCCCUAGGGUUUCCAAUCCGGGUGUUCAAGAACUUGAGAAUAUGUGGCGAUUGCCACCGUGCCAUAAAGUACAUAUCAGUAUUAGAAGGGAGGGAAAUCAUUGUGAGAGAUACCACAAGGUUUCAUCAUUUCAAAGAUGGCAUCUGUUCCUGUGGUGAUUAUUGGUAAGCCUGCAAUAUGCGAUAGUUUUUGAAGUCUUUUCCAACACCAGAGUCAUAUUUGACAUUGCAAGAAAGAUGGUCUAGUCUGAAUCCAGAUGAGGAUUCAAAAUUAAUGUGAACGAAUAGCAAUGUUCUGAUGCCUAGCUCUAUGAUACAGAUCAGUUUAUAUCCUCGUCCUAAAAACCAAUUGAUACGCAUCAAUGUAAUUCUGUUGAACAUCAAGCAAAAUAUUCUUUAUUUGCAUUGCAUUUCCGAAUAAGAUAUUUUAUCAGUGGUGUUAUUUUCAAGUUA